AAAAAGAAGUUUUCGAUAUCUAAGAAUAAUAAUACAAAAAAAUAUUAUGGCUGCAGUAGCUUCUUUUUUGUAUUUUGCCAUAAUGGCGGAAGUAUUUGCUACUAUUGCCGCGACAGAUUAUUGCAAUGUGAAGUCGUGCACGUAUAAAAAAGUAAACGUUAAAGAUCAUACAAUGUGCAAGUAUACCUCACCAAAUCCAGCGGCAGCUUGUGGACAAGGAUCUACUUUUGGUCUUAGUAAGGUUCAGAAAGAUGAAAUAGUAAGUACGCACAAUCGAUUGAGACAAAAAGUCGCAUCAGGCCAGGAAACCAGAGGAGCUCCAGGUCCACAACCUGCGGCAGUUAGCAUGCCAGACUUAACCUGGGAUGACGAAAUAGCAACGAUUGCACAAAGAUGGGCCAAUCAAUGCAAUUUCGAUCAUGACAAAUGCAGAGAUGUGGAUAGAUUUCAAGUUGGUCAGAACAUAGCCGAAUAUUCCACUACGGGCAAACUGCCCAGUUUGUCAAAAAUGAUUAAAAAUCAAUGGUACGAUGAAGUAGAUAAGUUUAAUGGAAAUAAAAUGGGCCCAUAUAAAUUUGACAUGGAUACAGGCCAUUAUUCCCAAAUGGUCUGGGCUGACACGACGAAAAUCGGUUGCGGACUAGCAAAGUAUAAAGAAGGUGUUUGGAAUGUGCAUUACUUAGUUUGCAACUAUGGUCCAAGUGGAAAUUUUCCGGGUCGGGAAGUAUAUAAACAGAAAUAAAUCUGUCCGACAAAUAAUGAAAAUAAAAUGAAAAAAGCAGCACAGAAACGUAUGGAAAAUGUACACAAGCAACGUUACAUUUUAUCGCUAAAAAUAUAUAAUUAUAAUUCUUAUAUAAUAAUGUCAAUAAAGAGACAUAUAAUAUUCUUCUCUUUCUUUCCUCUUUUUUUCUUUUUUUUUAAUAAUAUCGUUUGAUAACAAGAUUUUCAAUAACUAUUAAAUGUAGUGCCUUUUAAUAUCAGGCAAAUAUAACAGUAGUCAGUACAUAUAAUUUCUGUUAUUAUAAUGUAUUUAAUAAUAAAGAUAUGCAAUAAAUAAAUAAA